GUGGAAGAGGAGCAGCAGCAGCUGAACAUGAAGUCUCUUAUUCGUCUCUCACUCCUGCUUCUUCUGGCUGCAGUUCUGGUGCAAGGAAUGCCAACCUCCAGCAGAGGACGCUGUCUUUGUGUGACAGCUGGUGCACCUGCAAUCCACCCAAAACAUAUUGCAAAGGUUGAAAUAUAUGGGCAAAGCAGCAGCUGUCAGCAAGUCGAAGUGAUCAUCACACUGAAAGGGAGCGGGCAAAGAAAAUGUCUGAACAGCACAUCCAAGCUAGCAUCACGCAUGAUACAGAAAUUCUUGAAGAGAAAUAACUAACAGCAGAAACCAGAAAGGAAGACUGUGCAAAACUACUAGUGGACAUGACUGCUCAUGCCAUUUACCUGCUCACAUCUGAAGCGAGCACCCAGCAAGCCUGACUGUUCACUGGAGUGCUAUUCCAUAGCUUCUAGCCAUGCAAGAACAUCAUGAUGUGUGAUCAGCCCCACAGAAGAUAAAAUAUCUGCAUCUGUUUUUCUGUGUGUCAACAUCUGUCAGCAUUCUUCACACUGGGUUAUUUCAACUGCUGUUGUUAGCCUUGUCAGGCCUUUUGGUAUCAGGGACUUGACCUCAGCCAAAGAGGAUUUGCUAGGACAUGAAAAAAAAGUUGGUCCUCUCUGAUAUGCUUAAAUAUGCAUUUACUUUAGAGAUGCUGUAGAACCCUAUCCCAAAGAAACCAGCUGAGUCUUUUGGGUAAAUCAUUCAUAUUCUAUGAAUAUUCAGGAAGAGCAUUCUGCUUUUUAAAAAGUAUGCAAGGGAAACCCACAUUUAGAUAAAAAUAUGCUUGAUACAAACUAACAAAAGCCAGGAAACUCCAGAUCAGAGUUUUAACCCUAGCUUUAACUCAAAGUGCUGGUUUGUUUGUUUCACAAGGGAGUUUAAGAGGGAUUGUCACCCUCCAUUUUCAGAUUUUUAUCCUCUAUCAGUUUGUAUCAUACUGAUUGUAACAUUGAGACAUAAUUUGUCAUGAAUAGUAAGUAUCGAUGUACAAUCAUUUCAAAAGA